AUGCCUCACAUCCCGUUGACACCUCAAGAGGCACGCGAAGUUCAUUGCUUCAAAAGGCACAAGACGUAUGCCAACUUUCAAGACGCACCUCAGGAGGAGGCUUCUCUCAGCAAUAGGCUCAAGACGUAUGCCAACUUUCCAGACGCACCUCAGGAGGAGGCUUCUCUCAGCAAUAGGCUCAAGACGUAUGCCAACUUUCCAGACGCACCUCAGGAGGAGGCUUCUCUCAGCAAUAGGCUCAAGACGUAUGCCAACUUUCCAGACGCACCUCAGGAGGAGGCUUCUCGCAGCAAUAGGCUCAAGACGUAUGCCAACUUUCCAGACGCACCUCAGGAGGAGGCUUCUCUCAGCAAUAGGCACAAGACGUAUGCCAACUUUCAAGACGCACCUCAGGAGGAGGCUUCUCUCAGCAAUAGGCUCAAGACGUAUGCCAACUUUCCAGACGCACCUCAGGAGGAGGCUUCUCUCAGCAAUAGGCACAAGACGUAUGCCAACUUUCAAGACGCACCUCAGGAGGAGGCUUCUCUCAGCAAUAGGCUCAAGACGUAUGCCAACUUUCCAGACGCACCUCAGGAGGAGGCUUCUCUCAGCAAUAGGCUCAAGACGUAUGCCAACUUUCCAGACGCACCUCAGGAGGAGGCUUCUCUCAGCAAUAGGCUCAAGACGUAUGCCAACUUUCCAGACGCACCUCAGGAGGAGGCUUCUCUCAGCAAUAGGCUCAAGACGUAUGCCAACUUUCCAGACGCACCUCAGGAGGAGGCUUCUCUCAGCAAUAGGCUCAAGACGUAUGCCAACUUUCCAGACGCACCUCAGGAGGAGGCUUCUCUCAGCAAUAGGCUCAAGACGUAUGCCAACUUUCCAGACGCACCUCAGGAGGAGGCUUCUCUCAGCAAUAGGCUCAAGACGUAUGCCAACUUUCCAGACGCACCUCAGGAGGAGGCUUCUCUCAGCAGUAGGCUCAAGACGUAUGCCAACUUUCCAGACGCACCUCAGGAGGAGGCUUCUCUCAGCAAUAGGCUCAAGACGUAUGCCAACUUUCCAGACGCACCUCAGGAGGAGGCUUCUCUCAGCAAUAGGCUCAAGACGUAUGCCAACUUUCCAGACGCACCUCAGGAGGAGGCUUCUCUCAGCAAUAGGCUCAAGACGUAUGCCAACUUUCCAGACGCACCUCAGGAGGAGGCUUCUCUCAGCAAUAGGCACAAGACGUAUGCCAACUUUCAAGACGCACCUCAGGAGGAGGCUUCUCUCAGCAAUAGGCUCAAGACGUAUGCCAACUUUCCAGACGCACCUCAGGAGGAGGCUUCUCUCAGCAAUAGGCUCAAGACGUAUGCCAACUUUCCAGACGCACCUCAGGAGGAGGCUUCUCUCAGCAAUAGGCUCAAGACGUAUGCCAAGUUUCAAGACGCACCUCAGGAGGAGGCUUCUCUCAGCAAUAGGCACAAGACGUAUGCCAACUUUCAAGACGCACCUCAGGAGGAGGCUUCUCUCAGCAAUAGGCUCAAGACGUAUGCCAACUUUCCAGACGCACCUCAGGAGGAGGCUUCUCUCAGCAAUAGGCUCAAGACGUAUGCCAACUUUCCAGACGCACCUCAGGAGGAGGCUUCUCUCAGCAAUAGGCACAAGACGUAUGCCAACUUUCAAGACGCACCUCAGGAGGAGGCUUCUCUCAGCAAUAGGCUCAAGACGUAUGCCAACUUUCCAGACGCACCUCAGGAGGAGGCUUCUCUCAGCAAUAGGCUCAAGACGUAUGCCAACUUUCCAGACGCACCUCAGGAGGAGGCUUCUCUCAGCAAUAGGCUCAAGACGUAUGCCAAGUUUCAAGACGCACCUCAGGAGGAGGCUUCUCUCAGCAAUAGGCACAAGACGUAUGCCAACUUUCAAGACGCACCUCAGGAGGAGGCUUCUCUCAGCAAUAGGCUCAAGACGUAUGCCAACUUUCCAGACGCACCUCAGGAGGAGGCUUCUCUCAGCAAUAGGCUCAAGACGUAUGCCAACUUUCCAGACGCACCUCAGGAGGAGGCUUCUCUCAGCAAUAGGCACAAGACGUAUGCCAAGUUUCAAGACGCACCUCAGGAGGAGGCUUCUCUCAGCAAUAGGCUCAAGACGUAUGCCAACUUUCCAGACGCAACUCAGGAGGAGGCUUCUCUCAGCAAUAGGCUCAAGACGUAUGCCAACUUUCCAGACGCACCUCAGGAGGAGGCUUCUCUCAGCAAUAGGCUCAAGACGUAUGCCAACUUUCCAGACGCACCUCAGGAGGAGGCUUCUCUCAGCAAUAGGCUCAAGACGUAUGCCAACUUUCAAGACGCACUUCAGGAGGAGGCUUCUCUCAGCAAUAGGCUCAAGACGUAUGCCAAGUUUCAAGACGCACCUCAGGAGGAGGCUUCUCUCAGCAAUAGGCUCAAGACGUAUGCCAACUUUCAAGACGCACCUCAGGAGGAGGCUUCUCUCAGCAAUAGGCUCAAGACGUAUGCCAACUUUCCAGACGCACCUCAGGAGGAGGCUUCUCUCAGCAAUAGGCACAAGACGUAUGCCAACUUUCAAGACGCACCUCAGGAGGAGGCUUCUCUCAGCAAUAGGCUCAAGACGUAUGCCAACUUUCCAGACGCACCUCAGGAGGAGGCUUCUCUCAGCAAUAGGCUCAAGACGUAUGCCAACUUUCCAGACGCACCUCAGGAGGAGGCUUCUCUCAGCAAUAGGCACAAGACGUAUGCCAACUUUCAAGACGCACCUCAGGAGGAGGCUUCUCUCAGCAAUAGGCUCAAGACGUAUGCCAAGUUUCAAGACGCACCUCAGGAGGAGGCUUCUCUCAGCAAUAGGCUCAAGACGUAUGCCAAGUUUCAAGACGCACCUCAGGAGGAGGCUUCUCUCAGCAAUAGGCUCAAGACGUAUGCCAACUUUCAAGACGCACCUCAGGAGGAGGCUUCUCUCAGCAAUAGGCUCAAGACGUAUGCCAACUUUCCAGACGCACCUCAGGAGGAGGCUUCUCUCAGCAAUAGGCACAAGACGUAUGCCAACUUUCAAGACGCACCUCAGGAGGAGGCUUCUCUCAGCAAUAGGCUCAAGACGUAUGCCAACUUUCCAGACGCACCUCAGGAGGAGGCUUCUCUCAGCAAUAGGCUCAAGACGUAUGCCAACUUUCCAGACGCACCUCAGGAGGAGGCUUCUCUCAGCAAUAGGCACAAGACGUAUGCCAACUUUCAAGACGCACCUCAGGAGGAGGCUUCUCUCAGCAAUAGGCUCAAGACGUAUGCCAAGUUUCAAGACGCACCUCAGGAGGAGGCUUCUCUCAGCAAUAGGCUCAAGACGUAUGCCAACUUUCCAGACGCACCUCAGGAGGAGGCUUCUCUCAGCAAUAGGCUCAAGACGUAUGCCAACUUUCCAGACGCACCUCAGGAGGAGGCUUCUCUCAGCAAUAGGCUCAAGACGUAUGCCAACUUUCUAGACGCACCUCAGGAGGAGGCUUCUCUCAGCAAUAGGCAACUCCAGAGAUACCCCGAGAACACUGUCCCAAGUCUAGAGGAACACCAACUUCAGCACAGCAACUCGAGGAAUGCUCCGUGUACCCCAAAUCGUCUCGAGGUGAGAGCUGAUUCCCUGACUAGGCUCAAGCCGUAUGCCAACUUUCAAGACGCACCUCAGGAGGAGGCUUCUCUCAGCAAUAGGCUCAAGACGUAUGCCAACUUUCCAGACGCACCUCAGGAGGAGGCUUCUCUCAGCAAUAGGCUCAAGCCGUAUGCCAACUUUCAAGACGCACCUCAGGAGGAGGCUUCUCUCAGCAAUAGGCUCAAGACGUAUGCCAACUUUAAAGACGCAUCUCAGGAGGAGGCUUCUCUCAGCAAUAGGCUCAAGACGUAUGCCAACUUUCCAGACGCACCUCAGGAGGAGGCUUCUCUCAGCAAUAGGCUCAAGACGUAUGCCAACUUUCCAGACGCACCUCAGGAGGAGGCUUCUCUCAGCAAUAGGCUCAAGACGUAUGCCAACUUUCCAGACGCACCUCAGGAGGAGGCUUCUCUCAGCAAUAGGCUCAAGACGUAUGCCAACUUUCAAGACGCACCUCAGGAGGAUGCUUCUCUCAGCAAUAGGCUCAAGACGUAUGCCAACUUUCCAGACGCACCUCAGGAGGAGGCUUCUCUCAGCAAUAGGCUCAAGACGUAUGCCAACUUUCCAGACGCACCUCAGGAGGAGGCUUCUCUCAGCAAUAGGCAACUCCAGAGAUACCCCGAGAACACUGUCCCAAGUCUAGAGGAACACCAACUUCAGCACAGCAACUCGAGGAAUGCUCCGUGUACCCCAAAUCGUCUCGAGGUGAGAGCUGAUUCCCUGACUAGGCUCAAGCCGUAUGCCAACUUUCAAGACGCACCUCAGGAGGAGGCUUCUCUCAGCAAUAGGCUCAAGCCGUAUGCCAACUUUCAAGACGCACCUCAGGAGGAGGCUUCUCUCAGCAAUAGGCUCAAGACGUAUGCCAACUUUCCAGACGCACCUCAGGAGGAGGCUUCUCUCAGCAAUAGGCGCAAGACGUAUGCCAACUUUCAAGACGCACCUCAGGAGGAGGCUUCUCUCAGCAAUAGGCUCAAGACGUAUGCCAACUUUCCAGACGCACCUCAGGAGGAGGCUUCUCUCAGCAAUAGGCUCAAGACGUAUGCCAACUUUCAAGACGCACCUCAGGAGGAGGAUUCUCUCAGCAAUAGGCUCAAGACGUAUGCCAACUUUCCAGACGCACCUCAGGAGGAGGCUUCUCUCAGCAAUAGGCGCAAGACGUAUGCCAACUUUCAAGACGCACCUCAGGAGGAGGCUUCUCUCAGCAAUAGGCUCAAGACGUAUGCCAACUUUCCAGACGCACCUCAGGAGGAGGCUUCUCUCAGCAAUAGGCUCAAGGCGUAUGCCAACUUUCAAGACGCACCUCAGGAGGAGGCUUCUCGCAGCAAUAGGCUCAAGACGUAUGCCAACUUUACAGACGCACCUCAGGAGGAGGCUUCUCUCAGCAAUAGGCUCAAGACGUAUGCCAACUUUCAAGACGCACCUCAGGAGGAGGCUUCUCUCAGCAAUAGGCUCAAGACGUAUGCCAACUUUCAAGACGCACCUCAGGAGGAGGCUUCGUUCAGCAAUAGGCUCAAGACGUAUGCCAACUUUCCAGACGCACCUCAGGAGGAGGCUUCUCUCAGCAAUAGGCUCAAGACGUAUGCCAACUUUCCAGAAGCACCUCAAGAGGAGGCUUCUCUCAGCAAUAGGCUCAAGACGUAUGCCAACUUUCCAGACGCACCUCAGGAGGAGGCUUCUCUCAGCAAUAGGCUCAAGACGUAUGCCAACUUUACAGACGCACCUCAGGAGGAGGCUUCUCUCAGCAAUAGGCUCAAGACGUAUGCCAACUUUCCAGAAGCACCUCAGGAGGAGGCUUCUCUCAGCAAUAGGCUCAAGACGUAUGCCAACUUUCCAGACGCACCUCAGGAGGAGGCUUCUCUCAGCAAUAGGCUCAAGACGUAUGCCAACUUUCAAGACGCACCUCAGGAGGAGGCUUCGUUCAGCAAUAGGCUCAAGACGUAUGCCAACUUUCAAGACGCACCUCAGGAGGAGGCUUCUCUCAGCAAUAGGUUCAAGACGUAUGCCAACUUUCCAGACGCAACUCAGGAGGAGGCUUCUCUCAGCAAUAGGCUCAAGACGUAUGCCAACUUUCCAGACGCACCUCAGGAGGAGGCUUCUCUCAGCAAUAGGUUCAAGACGUAUGCCAACUUUCCAGACGCACCUCAGGAGGAGGCUUCUCUCAGCAAUAGGCUCAAGACGUAUGCCAACUUUCCAGAAGCACCUCAGGAGGAGGCUUCUCUCAGCAAUAGGCUCAAGACGUAUGCCAACUUUCCAGACGCACCUCAGGAGGAGGCUUCUCUCAGCAAUAGGCUCAAGACGUAUGCCAACUUUCCAGAAGCACCUCAGGAGGAGGCUUCUCUCAGCAAUAGGUUCAAGACGUAUGCCAACUUUCCAGACGCAUCUCAGGAGGAGGCUUCUCUCAGCAAUAGGCUCAAGACGUAUGCCAACUUUCCAGAAGCACCUCAGGAGGAGGCUUCUCUCAGCAAUAGGCUCAAGACGUAUGCCAACUUUCAAGACGCACCUCAGGAGGAGGCUUCUCUCAGCAAUAGGCUCAAGACGUAUGCCAACUUUCAAGACGCACCUCAGGAGGAGGCUUCUCUCAGCAAUAGGUUCAAGACGUAUGCCAACUUUCCAGACGCACCUCAGGAGGAGGCUUCUCUCAGCAAUAGGCUCAAGACGUAUGCCAACUUUCCAGAAGCACCUCAGGAGGAGGCUUCUCUCAGCAAUAGGCUCAAGACGUAUGCCAACUUUCAAGACGCACCUCAGGAGGAGGCUUCUCUCAGCAAUAGGCUCAAGACGUAUGCCAACUUUCCAGACGCACCUCAGGAGGAGGCUUCUCUCAGCAAUAGGCUCAAGACGUAUGCCAACUUUCAAGACGCACCUCAGGAGGAGGCUUCUCUCAGCAAUAGGCUCAAGACGUAUGCCAACUUUCCAGACGCACCUCAGGAGGAGGCUUCUCUCAGCAAUAGGCUCAAGACGUAUGCCAACUUUCCAGACGCACCUCAGGAGGAGGCUUCUCUCAGCAAUAGGCUCAAGACGUAUGCCAACUUUCCAGAAGCACCUCAGGAGGAGGCUUCUCUCAGCAAUAGGUUCAAGACGUAUGCCAACUUUCCAGACGCACCUCAGGAGGAGGCUUCUCUCAGCAAUAGGCUCAAGACGUAUGCCAACUUUCAAGACGCACCUCAGGAGGAGGCUUCUCUCAGCAAUAGGCUCAAGACGUAUGCCAACUUUCCAGACGCACCUCAGGAGGAGGCUUCUCUCAGCAAUAGGCUCAAGACGUAUGCCAACUUUCAAGACGCACCUCAGGAGGAGGCUUCUCUCAGCAAUAGGCUCAAGACGUAUGCCAACUUUCCAGACGCACCUCAGGAGGAGGCUUCUCUCAGCAAUAGGCUCAAGACGUAUGCCAACUUUCCAGACGCACCUCAGGAGGAGGCUUCUCUCAGCAAUAGGCUCAAGACGUAUGCCAACUUUCCAGAAGCACCUCAGGAGGAGGCUUCUCUCAGCAAUAGGUUCAAGACGUAUGCCAACUUUCCAGACGCACCUCAGGAGGAGGCUUCUCUCAGCAAUAGGCUCAAGACGUAUGCCAACUUUCGAGAAGCACCUCAGGAGGAGGCUUCUCUCAGCAAUAGGCUCAAGACGUAUGCCAACUUUCCAGACGCACCUCAGGAGGAGGCUUCUCUCAGCAAUAGGCACAAGACGUAUGCCAACUUUCCAGACGCACCUCAGGAGGAGGCUUCUCUCAGCAAUAGGCUCAAGACGUAUGCCAACUUUCAAGACGCACCUCAGGAGGAGGCUUCUCUCAGCAAUAGGCUCAAGACGUAUGCCAACUUUCCAGACGCACCUCAGGAGGAGGCUUCUCUCAGCAAUAGGCUCAAGACGUAUGCCAACUUUCAAGACGCACCUCAGGAGGAGGCUUCUCUCAGCAAUAGGCUCAAGACGUAUGCCAACUUUCAAGACGCACCUCAGGAGGAGGCCUCUCUCAGCAAUAGGCUCAAGACGUAUGCCAACUUUCCAGACGCACCUCAGGAGGAGGCUUCUCUUAGCAAUAGGCUCAAGACGUAUGCCAACUUUCCAGAAGCACCUCAGGAGGAGGCUUCUCUCAGCAAUAGGCUCAAGACGUAUGCCAACUUUCAAGACGCAUCUCAGGAGGAGGCUUCUCUCAGCAAUAGGCUCAAGACGUCCGCCAACUUUCCAGAUGCACCUCAGGAGGAGGCUUCUCUCAGCAAUAGGCUCAAGACGUAUGCCAACUUUCCAGACGCACCUCAGGAGGAGGCUUCUCUCAGCAAUAGGAUCAAGACGUAUGCCAACUUUCAAGACGCACCUCAGGAGGAGGCUUCUCUCAGCAAUAGGCUCAAGACGUAUGCCAACUUUCCAUACGCACCUCAGGAGGAGGCUUCUCUCAGCAAUAGGCUCAAGACGUAUGCCAACUUUCCAGACGCACCUCAGGAGGAGGCUUCUCUCAGCAAUAGGCUCAAGACGUAUGCCAACUUUCCAGACGCACCUCAGGAGGAGGCUUCUCUCAGCAAUAGGCUCAAGACGUAUGCCAACUUUCAAGACGCACCUCUGGAGGAGGCUUCUCUCAGCAAUAGGCUCAAGACGUAUGCCAACUUUCCAGACGCACCUCAGGAGGAGGCUUCUCUCAGCAAUAGGCUCAAGACGCAUGCCAACUUUCCAGACGCACCUCAGGAGGAGGCUUCUCUCAGCAAUAGGCUCAAGACGUAUGCCAACUUUCCAGACGCACCUCAGGAGGAGGCUUCUCUCAGCAAUAGGCUCAAGACGUAUGCCAACUUUCAAGACGCACCUCAGGAGGAGGCUUCUCUCCGCAAUAGGCUCAAGACGUAUGCCAACUUUCAAGACGCACCUCAGGAGGAGGCUUUUCUCAGCAAUAGGCUCAAGACGUAUGCCAACUUUCCAGACGCACCUCUGGAAGAGGCUUCUCUCAGCAAUAGGCUCAAGACGUAUGCCAACUUUCCAGACGCACCUCAGGAGGAGGCUUCUCUCAGCAAUAGGCUCAAGACGUAUGCCAACUUUCAAGACGCACCUCAGGAGGAGACUUCUCUCAGCAAUAGGCUCAAGACGUAUGCCAACUUUCCAGACGCACCUCAGGAGGAGGCUUCUCUCAGCAAUAGGCUCAAGACGUAUGCCAACUUUCCAGACGCACCUCUGGAAGAGGCUUCUCUCAGCAAUAGGCUCAAGACGUAUGCCAACUUUCCAGACGCACCUCAGGAGGAGGCUUCUCUCAGCAAUAGGCUCAAGACGUAUGCCAACUUUCAAGACGCACCUCAGGAGGAGACUUCUCUCAGCAAUAGGCUCAAGACGUAUGCCAACUUUCCAGACGCACCUCAGGAGGAGGCUUCUCUCAGCAAUAGGCUCAAGACGUAUGCCAACUUUCCAGACGCACCUCAGGAGGAGGCUUCUCUCAGCAAUAGGCUCAAGACGUAUGCCAACUUUCAAGACGCACCUCAGGAGGAGGCUUCUCUCAGCAAUAGGCUCAAGACGUAUGCCAACUUUCAAGACGCACCUCAGGAGGAGGCUUCUCUCAGCAAUAGGCUCAAGACGUAUGCCAACUUUCCAGACGCACCUCAGGAGGAGGCUUCUCUCAGCAAUAGGCUCAAGACGUAUGCCAACUUUCAAGACGCACCUCAGGAGGAGGCUUCUCUCAGCAAUAGGCUCAAGACGUAUGCCAACUUUCCAGACGCACCUCAGGAGGAGGCUUCUCUCAGCAAUAGGCUCAAGACGUAUGCCAACUUUCCAGACGCACCUCAGGAGGAGGCUUCUCUCAGCAAUAGGCUCAAGACGUAUGCCAACUUUCCAGACGCACCUCAGGAGGAAUCUUCUCUCAGCAAUAGGCUCAAGACGUAUGCCAACUUUCAAGACGCACCUCAGGAGGAGGCUUCUCUCAGCAAUAGGCUCAAGACGUAUGCCAACUUUCCAGAAGCACCUCAGGAGGAGGCUUCUCUCAGCAAUAGGCGCAAGACUUAUGCCAACUUUCCAGACGCACCUCAGGAGGAGGCUUCUCUCAGCAAUAGGCUCAAGACGUAUGCCAACUUUCAAGACGCACCUCAGGAGGAGGCUUCUCUCAGCAAUAGGCUCAAGACGUAUGCCAACUUUCCAGAAGCACCUCAGGAGGAGGCUUCUCUCAGCAAUAGGCGCAAGACUUAUGCCAACUUUCCAGACGCACCUCAGGAGGAGGCUUCUCUCAGCAAUAGGCUCAAGACCUAUGCCAACUUUCCAGACGCACCUCAGGAGGAGGCUUCUCUCAGCAAUAGGCUCAAGACGUAUGCCAACUUUCCAGACGCACCUCAGGAGGAGGCUUCUCUCAGCAAUAGGCUCAAGACGUAUGCCAACUUUCCAGACGCACCUCAGGAGGAGGCUUCUCUCAGCAAUAGGCUCAAGACGUAUGCCAACUUUCAAGACGCACCUCAGGAGGAGGCUUCUCUCAGCAAUAGGCUCAAGACGUAUGCCAACUUUCCAGAAGCACCUCAGGAGGAGGCUUCUCUCAGCAAUAGGCUCAAGACGUAUGCCAACUUUCAAGACGCACCUCAGGAGGAGGCUUCUCUCAGCAAUAGGCUCAAGACGUAUGCCAACUUUCCAGACGCACCUCAGGAGGAGGCUUCUCUCAGCAAUAGGCUCAAGACGUAUGCCAACUUUCAAGACGCACCUCAGGAGGAGGCUUCUCUCAGCAAUAGGCUCAAGACGUAUGCCAACUUUCCAGACGCACCUCAGGAGGAGGCUUCUCUCAGCAAUAGGCUCAAGACGUAUGCCAACUUUCCAGACGCACCUCAGGAGGAGGCUUCUCUCAGCAAUAGGCUCAAGACGUAUGCCAACUUUCAAGACGCACCUCAGGAGGAGGCUUCUCUCAGCAAUAGGCUCAAGACGUAUGCCAACUUUCCAGACGCACCUCAGGAGGAGGCUUCUCUCAGCAAUAGGCUCAAGACGUAUGCCAACUUUCCAGACGCACCUCAGGAGGAGGCUUCUCUCAGCAAUAGGCUCAAGACGUAUGCCAACUUUCCAGACGCACCUCAGGAGGAGGCUUCUCUCAGCAAUAGGCUCAAGACGUAUGCCAACUUUCCAGACGCACCUCAGGAGGAGGCUUCUCUCAGCAAUAGGCUCAAGACGUAUGCCAACUUUCCAGACGCACCUCAGGAGGAGGCUUCUCUCAGCAAUAGGCUCAAGACGUAUGCCAACUUUCCAGACGCACCUCAGGAGGAGGCUUCUCUCAGCAAUAGGCUCAAGACGUAUGCCAACUUUCAAGACGCAUCUCAGGAGGAGGCUUCUCUCAGCAAUAGGCUCAAGACGUAUGCCAACUUUCCAGACGCACCUCAGGAGGAGGCUUCUCUCAGCAAUAGGCUCAAGACGCAUGCCAACUUUCCAGACGCACCUCAGGAGGAGGCUUCUCUCAGCAAUAGGCUCAAGACGUAUGCCAACUUUCAAGACGCAUCUCAGGAGGAGGCUUCUCUCAGCAAUAGGCUCAAGACGUAUGCCAACUUUCAAGACGCAUCUCAGGAGGAGGCUUCUCUCAGCAAUAGGAUCAAGACGUAUGCCAACUUUCAAGACGCACCUCAGGAGGAGGCUUCUCUCAGCAAUAGGCUCAAGACGUAUGCCAACUUUCCAGACGCACCUCAGGAGGAGGCUUCUCUCAGCAAUAGGCUCAAGACGUAUCCCAAGUUUCAAGACGCACCUCAGGAGGAGGCUUCUCUCAGCAAUAGGCUCAAGACGUAUGCCAACUUUCCAGACGCACCUCAGGAGGAGGCUUCUCUCAGCAAUAGGCUCAAGACGUAUGCCAACUUUCCAGACGCACCUCAGGAGGAGGCUUCUCUCAGCAAUAGGCUCAAGACGUAUGCCAACUUUCCAGACGCACCUCAGGAGGAGGCUUCUCUCAGCAAUAGGCUCAAGACGUAUGCCAACUUUCAAAACGCACCUCAGGAGGAGGCUUCUCUCAGCAAUAGGCUCAAGACGUAUGCCAACUUUCCAGACGCACCUCAGGAGGAGGCUUCUCUCAGCAAUAGGCUCAAGACGUAUGCCAACUUUCCAGACGCACCUCAGGAGGAGGCUUCUCUCAGCAAUAGGCUCAAGACGUAUGCCAACUUUCCAGACGCACCUCAGGAGGAGGCUUCUCUCAGCAAUAGGCUCAAGACGUAUGCCAACUUUCCAGACGCACCUCAGGAGGAGGCUUCUCUCAGCAAUAGGCUCAAGACGUAUGCCAACUUUCCAGACGCACCUCAGGAGGAGGCUUCUCUCAGCAAUAGGCUCAAGACGUAUGCCAACUUUCAAGACGCACCUCAGGAGGAGGCUUCUCUCAGCAAUAGGCUCAAGACGUAUGCCAACUUUCCAGACGCACCUCAGGAGGAGGCUUCUCUCAGCAAUAGGCUCAAGACGUAUGCCAACUUUCCAGACGCACCUCAGGAGGAGGCUUCUCUCAGCAAUAGGCUCAAGACGUAUGCCAACUUUCCAGACGCACCUCAGGAGGAGGCUUCUCUCAGCAAUAGGCUCAAGACGUAUGCCAACUUUCCAGACGCACCUCAGGAGGAGGCUUCUCUCAGCAAUAGGCUCAAGACGCAUGCCAACUUUCCAGACGCACCUCAGGAGGAGGCUUCUCUCAGCAAUAGGCUCAAGACGUAUGCCAACUUUCAAGACGCAUCUCAGGAGGAGGCUUCUCUCAGCAAUAGGCUCAAGACGCAUGCCAACUUUCCAGACGCACCUCAGGAGGAGGCUUCUCUCAGCAAUAGGCUCAAGACGUAUGCCAACUUUCAAGACGCAUCUCAGGAGGAGGCUUCUCUCAGCAAUAGGCUCAAGACGCAUGCCAACUUUCCAGACGCACCUCAGGAGGAGGCUUCUCUCAGCAAUAGGCUCAAGACGUAUGCCAACUUUCCAGACGCACCUCAGGAGGAGGCUUCUCUCAGCAAUAGGCUCAAGACGUAUGCCAACUUUCAAGACGCAUCUCAGGAGGAGGCUUCUCUCAGCAAUAGGCUCAAGACGUAUGCCAACUUUCCAGACGCACCUCAGGAGGAGGCUUCUCUCAGCAAUAGGAUCAAGACGUAUGCCAACUUUCAAGACGCACCUCAGGAGGAGGCUUCUCUCAGCAAUAGGCUCAAGACGUAUGCCAACUUUCCAGACGCACCUCAGGAGGAGGCUUCUCUCAGCAAUAGGCUCAAGACGUAUGCCAACUUUCCAGACGCACCUCAGGAGGAGGCUUCUCUCAGCAAUAGGCUCAAGACGUAUGCCAACUUUCCAGACGCACCUCAGGAGGAGGCUUCUCUCAGCAAUAGGCUCAAGACGUAUGCCAACUUCCAAGACGCACCUCAGGAGGAGGCUUCUCUCAGCAAUAGGCUCAAGACGUAUGCCAACUUUCCAGACGCACCUCAGGAGGAGGCUUCUCUCAGCAAUAGGCUCAAGACGUAUGCCAACUUUCAAGACGCACCUCAGGAGGAGGCUUCUCUCAGCAAUAGGCUCAAGACGUAUGCCAACUUUCCAGACGCACCUCAGGAGGAGGCUUCUCUCAGCAAUAGGCUCAAGACGUAUGCCAACUUUCCAGACGCACCUCAGGAGGAGGCUUCUCUCAGCAAUAGGCUCAAGACGUAUGCCAACUUUCCAGACGCACCUCAGGAGGAGGCUUCUCUCAGCAAUAGGCUCAAGACGUAUGCCAACUUUCCAGACGCACCUCAGGAGGAGGCUUCUCUCAGCAAUAGGCUCAAGACGUAUGCCAACUUCCAAGACGCACCUCAGGAGGAGGCUUCUCUCAGCAAUAGGCUCAAGACGUAUGCCAACUUUCCAGACGCACCUCAGGAGGAGGCUUCUCUCAGCAAUAGGCUCAAGACGUAUGCCAACUUUCAAGACGCACCUCAGGAGGAGGCUUCUCUCAGCAAUAGGCUCAAGACGUAUGCCAACUUCCAAGACGCACCUCAGGAGGAGGCUUCUCUCAGCAAUAGGCUCAAGACGUAUGCCAACUUUCCAGACGCACCUCAGGAGGAGGCUUCUCUCAGCAAUAGGCUCAAGACGUAUGCCAACUUUCAAGACGCACCUCAGGAGGAGGCUUCUCUCAGCAAUAGGCUCAAGACGUAUGCCAACUUUCCAGACGCACCUCAGGAGGAGGCUUCUCUCAGCAAUAGGCUCAAGACGUAUGCCAACUUUCCAGACGCACCUCAGGAGGAGGCUUCUCUCAGCAAUAGGCUCAAGACGUAUGCCAACUUUCAAGACGCACCUCAGGAGGAGGCUUCUCUCAGCAAUAGGCUCAAGACGUAUGCCAACUUUCCAGACGCACCUCAGGAGGAGGCUUCUCUCAGCAAUAGGCUCAAGACGUAUGCCAACUUUCCAGACGCACCUCAGGAGGAGGCUUCUCUCAGCAAUAGGCUCAAGACGUAUGCCAACUUUCCAGACGCACCUCAGGAGGCUUCUCUCAGCAAUAGGCUCAAGACGUAUGCCAACUUUCCAGACGCACCUCAGGAGGAGGCUUGUCUCAGCAAUAGGCUCAAGACGUAUGCCAACUUUCAAGACGCACCUCAGGAGGAGGCUUUUCUCAGCAAUAGGCUCAAGACGUAUGCCAACUUUCCAGACGCACCUCUGGAAGAGGCUUCUCUCAGCAAUAGGCUCAAGACGUAUGCCAACUUUCAAGACGCACCUCAGGAGGAGGCUUUUCUCAGCAAUAGGCUCAAGACGUAUGCCAACUUUCCAGACGCACCUCAGGAGGAGGCUUCUCUCAGCAAUAGGCUCAAGACGUAUGCCAACUUUCCAGACGCACCUCAGGAGGAGGCUUCUCUCAGCAAUAGGCUCAAGACGUAUGCCAACUUUCAAGACGCACCUCAGGAGGAGGCUUUUCUCAGCAAUAGGCUCAAGACGUAUGCCAACUUUCCAGACGCACCUCAGGAGGAGGCUUCUCUCAGCAAUAGGCUCAAGACGUAUGCCAACUUUCCAGACGCACCUCAGGAGGAGGCUUCUCUCAGCAAUAGGCUCAAGACGUAUGCCAACUUUCAAGACGCACCUCAGGAGGAGGCUUCUCUCAGCAAUAGGUUCAAGACGUAUGCCAACUUUCCAGACGCACCUCAGGGGGAGGCUUCUCUCAGCAAUAGGCUCAAGACGUAUUCCAACUUUCCAGAAGCACCUCAGGAGGAGGCUUCUCUCAGCAAUAGGCUCAAGACUUAUGCCAACUUUCCAGACGCACCUCUGGAGGAGGCUUCUCUCAGCAAUAGGCUCAAGACGUAUGCCAACUUUCCAGACGCACCUCAGGAGGAGGCUUCUCUCAGCAAUAGGCUCAAGACGUAUGCCAACUUUCCAGACGCACCUCAGGAGGAGGCUUCUCUCAGCAAUAGGCUCAAGACGUAUGCCAACUUUCAAGACGCACCUCAGGAGGAGGCUUCUCUCAGCAAUAGGCUCAAGACGUAUGCCAACUUUCCAGACGCACCUCAGGAGUAG